CUCCUCUUGCAUUGUGCAUACUUUCCCUAAGAAAAAAACAGCCUUUUCUCCUUUACUAAAUAUGGAGCUCACCGUCUUCCUUGUUUUCUCACUUCUUGUCCACGGAGCUUUUGGUAAUAAUGGAGAAAUUGUGUGUGAAGAUUUGUUAGUAGGAAUGUGUGCCUACUCAGUUGCUUCCUCCGGUAAUCGCUGCUCUUUGGAGACUUAUGAAUCAAGUGAAGGAACAACAGGAUACCAAUGCAAGACCUUAGAGGUAGUAGUGGCAGAUAAUGGCAUAGCAAAUUUGAUUGAAAGUGAUGAGUGCAUAAGUGCUUGUGGAGCUGAUAGGAACUCUGUUGGCAUUUCUUCUGAUUCACUUCUUGAAUCAACAUUCACUUCUAAGCUUUGCUCUCAAGAAUGCUACCAAAAUUGCCCCAACAUUAUUGAUCUUUACUACAAUUUGGCUUUGGGAGAAGGGGUGUACUUGCCAGCAUUUUGCAUGGGGAGAAAAUUGAACGGACGCCGUGAAAUGAGCCAAAUCCAAAGUUCAGGUGUGGCGUGGGCACCGUCAACCACCUCAGACAGAUAUGGUCGACAGUUGAGUGAAGGCCCUGCUGCAAGUGCUGCACUCACAUUCGAUAAUUCGGAAGCUGCUGCUCCAUGGUGAUGCUGAAGUUACAUAUGUACCAUUUCUGAUCAUAUCUCCAAUGCAUUAGUCCUAUAUAUGUAUGGCCAUAUUAUUAUUCAUGUAUUGCUCUGGUUACACAUUUUCUUUUUUGUUGUUUGCUUUACUAAAUAAUCUAUAGAAAUUUGAGGAUUACUUCAGUUGUCAU